AUGAAGAGUUGUGAGCAUGAAAAUGUUUCCCUGAAAACAACAAGCAGAGGAAAGUCCCGCGUGGUUAGUUCACGUUUCCUCUCUCCGUCAUCAUGUUCUUCUCCUAUCGGCAGAAACUCCACUUCCAAUUCAUCUUCCAACAACGUCCAUCUCGGUCUGAGAAAGAAUGAUCGGAUGUCAGAUGGGAUCCCAAAUCAAAGUAAUGGUCCUGAAGUUGACACAAAAGAAAAUAGUAGGCAGAUCGAUGAUGAGGAUAAUGUCAUACUUCCUGGCAAAUUUUCCGUUGACGAAUGUGCAUUGCACAGAUCAUCAUCAUUAUCAUCAUCAAGGAGAAACUCUCGCUCCUCUCUACUCUAUUAUAAUGAUGAAUCUGAUUCAGAGUUGAGUGAUGUGUCCUUUGCUUCAACAACUCUUAGCACAAGUCGUUCAUUAUCCAGGAGCCAUAAACCUGGUAUCAAAGUCUCUUCUAAAUAUCUGCAUGAUGCAAGGAAAGGGUGCACCACAAACAAUAUUAGGUUACAACAAGGUUCCCAGAGCUUUAGGGGUAUUGAGAGUAGGACUAAUUCAGCAGCUAGGUAUGGCAGUUCAAUGUCUCAGUGGGCGCUGUCACCAGGAAGAUCAUUGGAAGCUCAUCAGGCCUCGAGCAUAUAUCCAAGUUCAAACCUCAAGCCUCCAAGAGGUAAAGGCGUUGGUAAACUAUUCAACCUUGGUUUGGAUUUCUUCAGGAGGAGCAAGAACAAGUCUUCUCCCAUCUCUUCCCCAUUAAAACCAAAGACAGAGGCUUCUCAUCAGCUGAAGCUUAUGAACAAUCGGUUGGUUCAGUGGAGGUUUGUCAAUGCUAGAGCAUCGGCUGCAAACAAUAAUGUAGCCUCUCGAGCAAAGAAACAAUUACUAUGUGCAUGUGAUGCUCUUACCAAAUUACAAAAUUUGGUUCUACAAGAGAGAAUUAAUCUGCAAAAGAAACAGUUGGAAAUGAAGCUGGCUCAUCUCCUUGUUUCUCAAGUUAAGCAUCUUGAGGCAUGGGAGGACAUGGGAAGAGAACACUUUUCAUCUAUUUCCAUGACCACACAAUCCCUGCAUUCUCUUCUUUCCAGGGUUCCCCUAAGGGAAGGUGCAAAGGUGAAGAUAGAAUCUGCUGUCACUAUAUUUCGGAAAGGAGAAGCAGUCUCUGAUGCUAUCAUUUCUACUGUGAAUAGUUUUGCUCCCAAGAUAGAGGAUAUCGUUCCACUUGCCUCUCAACUUGCUGAAGUGGUGGCACAAGAGAAGCUAAUGCUGGAGCAGUGCCAUGAUCUUCUGAGGAUGAUAUCUGAGUUCGAGAUGCAGGAGAGGAGCUUAAAGUGCUGCCUUAUGAUUCAACACAAAAAGACUUUGUAUACAAAACUUGUUCAAGACUAG